AGGCCUUAUGGCACUUAAAAAUGAGCCGUGAUACUGGUUAUUUUAGAAAUAAGUAUAAAAUCGGUCUAACAAUCCAUCCAGAUACCGACACUAACUCUGUACCGCUUCCUGAAGAAUGCUAUGCCUCUGAUGUGGAUGAAUCCGAUGCAGAGUUCGUGCGCGAUACAUUUGGGCUUUCUGAAGGAAGUUCAGAUGCUGUGUUAUGUUGCCCGGGUUGUUUCACUCCUAUAUGUUACAAAUGUAGAAUAAAUUCCUUUGGUCUAUUUGAAUCCAAUGAAGCUGUGAACGUCACUGUGGAAUUUGGUGCUACAGAAGAUACAGAUACACCUGCAGAAUCUUCAUCUGAUAUCGUAUAUACCGCUAAACGUGGUCCUGGUGGUGUACACACUGCUUCCACUGACUGUAUAGCUCGGUGUGACGAGUGUCGCACUGUAGUUGCUGUUGUAGACGAUCAGGGUGUCUAUAAGUUCAGGUGUGUAAUUGCAAGUCGCCCUUAAUACACCAGUUUACUGCCCCAGUCUAUAUACAGUACUCUAU